CUUGUUGCUGAGGCAGCCCCUGCCCACACCUCCCCUGCCCGCAGCUUGGCCUUGGCUGGUCCCUGGCUCCCGGUUCCCUGCCUGUUCACCCUCCCCCAUGCCGGGUAUCCCCAAGAUGCCGACCGAGGCAGUAGGGGUGCACAUCAGGGCUGCUGCCUGGGGGUGGCAGCCUGGGGCCAUUAUCAGGACACAGAUAGAAGAGAUGGAAAGUGGGGGCCCUGGCCCAGGGUGGGGCUGCUCUAGGGGACACCUGGCUGUGACCCCCAGGGGUCCCCCUCUGCGCCUUGCCCACCCCCACCCCCCCGGAAUCCCGAGGAGUGGGCAGGGCUCAGCCCCAAGCCGCUACCCCAGUAACCGGCAGACAGAACACUGCAGGGCCCGGGCCUGCCUCCCAGUGGGUGGUGUCCACUCCCACCUGCACCCUUGGUCCGCCCAGGCCAGACCCCCGCCCAGCCAUGCAGCACCCGCAACCCUUCCCGGCCGCCGCUUCCCAAGAUGGCUUCAGCCCCCAGGGCCAAGAGAGCACCGCAGGCCCCGGCGUCUGCUCCAUGCUCCCAGGCGCUGACCCCCUGCCCGCCGUGGCCUCUGCGAACCUGCUGUACCAGCCCCCAAGCCCGGAGAAAGACUUGUUUCCGGUCCCCCCGGCAGGUGGGUCCCCCAAAGCAAAGCCUGGUGCCACUGUCACCCAAAGGAGCUGCAGAGAUAAAGCCCGGGCCCUCAUCUUCCGGACAGGGCCCCAAAACAAGCUCUGGGUGUCUUGGCCUCCAGAAGAGCCCUCUGCAGGCUCAGGCUGCUUCCCAGAGGGACCCCGAAAGGACCACACAUGUCCCUCGUCCCUCAGCGCCGUCUCCCUCCCCGGAGGCUCCUCUCAGGGUCCCCGCCCCGCUCCUGCAGGCUUCCAGAUGGCCCCCUGCGGGUGUUUCUUCGACCCCCGCAUCUAUCGAAUCGAGUGGGCCGCCACCGACUUCGGCCAGGCCCUGUACAAGCUGGCGGUGGCCGGGGGCCCCGCCUCACCGGGCAGCUACCUCCUGGAGCCCCAGCGCUACGCCAAGGCCCCAGUGCCACCCCCGUACCCCCACUACCAGCCGGGCGGGCCCCCGUACGUCAUGCCCUACUUCCCGCCAGAGGGGCCUAGCCACGAGGCCCUGGGCUUCAUGGGGGACGGGGGGCCCCCCGGCUUCGUGGAGCUGCCCCCGCUGCUGCUCAAGGAGGGCCAGGCCCCCCUGACACCCGCCAAAGACGCCAAGCUGUCCUCGCUGCUCCUCACGCUGCCUGCUGAGGCCCCGCUGCCCCCCGGCACCUACGGCCACCUCCGCAGCCACCGAGGCCAGGGCCCUGGGCCUGAGGUGUCCGGCCAGCCGGCCGAGCCCUCAGCCUUCACCAGCAAGGAGCCGCAGGGCGUCCCCGGGGCUGGGCCAGGCCUGCCGCCCCCGCCAGCCCCCUCCGAGCCCAAAGCCCCGGAGCCCACAGGCGAGACCCCGGUGCGCGCGGGGGCCCGGCCCUCCGCGCUGCCGGACAAGGUGCUCCUGGAGGACGCCAUGAGGCUCUUCGAUUGCCUGCCGGGCCGCGCCGAGCCCAGAGCGGCCGCCGGAGCCUCGGGGCGCAAGGUCCCCGGGCCGCGCCUGCCCGACAGCGGCGGCGGCGGGGACGACUCGGCCGGUGACAUCCGCUCGCUGCGCCUGCCUGAGGAGCUGCUGUCGUUCGACUACAGCGUCCCCGAGAUCCUGGACACGGUGUCCAACGUGGACUAUUUGUUCAACUUCAAGGCGCUGGAUGAGGAGGCGCCGGCCUGCCCUGCGACCCCCGGAGCUGAGUCCGCAGCCCCCGUCCCCCAGGCUGACACGCGCAAGAAGAAGCGGGCCCCCUCCUCUGCCAGGAAGGGCAAGGGGAAGGCGGGGGGCAAGGGCAAGCAGGCGGCCGCUGGGGCCAGGCAGGACCUGGGCGCUGCCCCCCAUUAAAGUAGAUUUGGUUUCUCA